AUGGCGCUGAAGCGAAUCAACAAGGAAUUGGCGGAUUUGCAGAAAGAUCCCCCAUCCAACUGCAGCGCAGGACCUGUAGGAGACGAUUUGUUUCAAUGGCAGGCUACCAUUAUGGGGCCUUCAGAUAGCCCAUAUGCUGGUGGAGUAUACUUUUUGAACAUUCAUUUCCCUGCAGAUUAUCCCUUCAAGCCCCCUAAACUUCAAUUCACAACGCGCAUCUAUCACCCCAACAUAAACGCCAAUGGGAGCAUUUGUCUGGAUAUUUUGAAGGACCAGUGGAGCCCGGCGUUGACAAUCUCGAAAGUUUUGCUAUCGUUGUCUUCAUUGCUGACUGACCCCAACCCUGAUGACCCCCUUGUACCCGAGAUCGCGCAAAUCUACAAGACUGACAGGGAAAAAUAUAUCAACACAGCGAAGGAGUGGACCCGCAAGUACGCGAUGUGA